AUGGUCAGUCGGUAUCCACCGCGGCCUCGCCUGACGCGGCUGGAUACCAAGGCUUUCUCGCUCUCGUCCAUCUCCAGCGCCUCUUCCACGGCGACCUCUGUCGUGUCGAUCUCUUCGCCACGCAUCCUGACCGAUCUCGUGCCCAAACCAAGCCAGUUGGGGUCCAUGGGCGACGAACAGCAGCCACCCGCGGCAAGGAGCCAGUUGCCGCCGGGGGUGGAGGAGUCCUUACAUCUGCAGGACCUGGAGUUGAUGAUGCAUUGGUGUACGACAACCUAUCGAUCCAUGGCCCGCGAUCAUGCGGCCGAGAUGUUGUGGCAGAUGGCCAUUCCCCAACUGGCCUUGCGGUAUCCGGCGCUUCGACAUGGCCUCUUAGCUCUGUCGGCCCUGCAGCUGGCCCAGAAUAGUCCCAGACCCGAACAUAAAUGGCGAUAUUUGAGCUCGGCGCGCGACCACCAUCGCCAUGCUCUCGCGGGGAUCCACGUCGACUGCGGGGAGGACGUCCCCACAGCGCAAUGCAAUGCGUUGUUUGCCCUAUGCUGCGUCUUGCUCGCGUUUUCAUUCGCAUAUGGGUUGAUGGACGAGCCCGAUGAGGAGGAUCAAACGGAAGGGUCGGACGUUUUGGAGGAUUUUUUGGAAGUCUUUGAGCUCACACGCUGGCUCGUGGGGGUCAUGAUGAUGACGACGGACCGGGUAGCGGACGGUGAGCUAUACUCUCUCGUGCGGCCGGAGCCAACCCGGCCAACGAUGCCGGAUAUGUCUCAGUUGGUCAUUUUGGCUCUGCGGAGGCAGAAUGCGGAAGAAGCCACGCGAAACCCUUCCCAUGAGAAGGAAGUAUACGAGCAGGCCCUGGAGCACCUGCGCCAAGCGCUGGAGCACCUCAUGAACGGCGGCGAGCCGAAGGAUUUUGCGUUUUGCUGGACGUUUCGCAUCCCGGCGCGCUUCCAGGAUCUGCUUCGGGACCGGGAACCAUUUGCGUUAGUUGUGCUGGCUCACUACGCUGUGAUCUUGCACCAUCUGCGGGAGUCGUGGUGGAUGGGCCAUUGGGGCACGCGUAUUCUCAAGGAGAUCGUCGACUACCUGGAUCCGGAAUGGCGGGAGCUGAUUUGCUGGCCGAUCGAUGCGACCGGCUGUCUUCUGCCCGAGGAGUGA